UGACCCGUCCUACUCCUUACUGUCAGCUUGCCAUGACAAGCCUGAGGAAAAGUUGCUGAAUGUUAAUGUUUGACAAGUAGGAAGAAGGGCCUCGGCUGCCAUAUCUCUCAGUCUGAGACUACAACUACUCCACUUUUUCAGUUCUUCUUUCUUUCUCGAAGGGAUUCCACACGCUUGAAUUUGAUCAAGACGGAGAAACAAUGGAGGUGCUGGUGCUGGUGGACUUCGAGGGCACCAUGGCAGACGAGCUCACAGUGCACGUGGGGGAUGUGGUGAAAAGUGUCACCACUGCCAGUGAGGAAGGAUGGCUGGAGGGGGAGCUGAACGGGAAGAAAGGCAUCUUUCCGGCCAGCUUCGUCCAGGAGGUGCCGCUCAACCUGAGAGGCAACAGCAAGAGGGAGCCCAGAGGCAUCAGGACAACCAAGCGUAUAAAGCAAGCAAGGAAAUGUGAGGUGCUCUUCCCCUACAGAGCUACACUUGAGGAUGAGCUGGAGCUGGUUGUGGGAGAGACUAUUGAGAUAGUCAGAGAGAUAGAAGACGGAUGGUGGAUGGGGCUAAAAAACGGCAAAGUUGGUGCCUUUCCCUCCAAUUUUGUGAAAGAAAUCCCUGUUUUCAGUAAACACAAUGAGAGCAAAGCAAGACCCAAACUCACAGACGCAGUAUUCAAUAAAGAGAUGAAUCAAAGAACAAGUGUGCGCAACAAAGCUAAAAGCGCGAUCGAGUACUGCCAGGUCAUGUUUGACUACGAGGCCAAAGCUGAAGACGAGCUGGGUUUGAAAGCAGGCGAGGUGGUCAUGCUCUUGAGAAAGGAAACCGAAGAUGAAGGCUGGUGGGAGGGCGAGCUAAACGGACGCCGCGGCUUCUUCCCCGAUAACUUUGUUAUGGUCAUACCGCCAGUGGACAGUCUGAAAUCUGGGAGCACGAACCAGCCGCCUGCACGCACCUUCAGCAAGAAACCAGCAGAUUUCCCCGCAAUGGACAGAGGUCCUGCAGGAAAGACUAAAGAUGACAAACCUGAGUCCAAAGACUUAAGAAGCAACCCACCCACCAAGGUCAAGCUUCCCUCUCUGAACAAACCCAGCCCUCCGCCUGUCAAAGACAAACCUCCAAAAAUAAUACCAAAAACCAACGGUGAUGUGCCUUCACUGUCCCCCAAAAAACCUGAGGAGAAAAGUGCUGACCAAUUCGACGGAGUAGAUGUGCAGACGGAGAAACUGAGCCACCCGACAGCCAACAGAGCCAAACCUCCCCAGAGGAGGCCACCAUCGGCUCUGAUCACAACCACACAGAACGCAGAGCAGUCAGACCAGGAGUUGUCUCCCAAAAAGUUCCAGGCAGAGAAACUACCAUCAUUACCCAAGGUAACCGAAAACUUGAAGCCCGCAACAGCUAAGCCGGACCGACCCAAAACACCGCCCCCGAAUCGACCGACACCACCCAAAAUCUUUUUGGAAAAUAAGAACUUGAAUCAUAAAGAGGAGGCGACGCUGCACAGCCUGCAGGAGGAGAUCAAGGAGCUGAGGAUGGCGCUGGAGCUGCUGCAAACACGGCACGAACGAGACAUACAGGAAGUGAAAGAAGAACUGGAGGAGGAGAGAAACAAACGACUGGCACUGCAGGAGGAGGUGUUGGUUUUGAAGAUGAAAAAGUAACGUGCUGGAACACGAACCCUUGAACUGGCAGUUAAAAGAAACUAUAUUUAUAGCAGUCAAAACGGAGUCUUCUUAUAACACAGAAAGGGAAACUUGUAUUACAGCUGUGUGAGGAGACAAACAAUAGAGACUAUUCUGUUCAAUAUUGAAAGGCUGGUGAUUAAAAAUUUGGUAGUAAAUAAUGUUUACAUGAUAUUGAUUCCCCUUUUAGCAUUUUAUUACAAGAACUAUGCAGAGAAUGUAAUAUAUGCAGCUGUAUAUAGGAGACAAUAUUUCUAUGUGUGUGCAAGAAUGUGAUUCUCUGUCUUGCCACUGGGGCGGUAAAAGUAAAGUAUUCUGCUUUCAUUAAAAACUACCUUUGA